AUGGGUAAUUAGCAAGGAGGUAUGAAUUUGGGUGGUUUUGGCAACCUUCCAAAUCAAAAAGAUAAACAAGAUUAAAAGAAGAAGGAUCAAAUGCCUAGAGAAAAGAAACCAGCUCCAGUUAGAAUUGGUAAAAAAAAGAAAAACAAAGGUGUUGAUACUGCUGUCAAAUUACCAUCAAUAACGCCUAUUUCAAAAUGCAGAUUGAGAUAAUUGAAAUUAGACAGAAUUAAAGAUUAUUUGUUAAUGGAAUAAGAAUUCAUUAGAAAUUAGGAAAGUCAAAAGUAAACUGUUGAAGAACUUGAUAACGAUGAAUAAGAAAGUGAAGAAAGAAAGAAGAUUGAAUAAUUGAGAGGAAGCCCUAUGCUUAUUGGAACUCUUGAAGAAUUCAUUGAUGAAGACCAUGCUAUUGUGUCUUCUAUUGGUCCUGAAUAUUAUGCUAAUAUUCUCUCAUUUGUUGAUAAAGAUUAGCUUGAGCCUGGAUCUACUGUUCUUUUAAACAAUAGAACUAUGGCAGUUGUUGGUAUUAUGCAAGAUGAAGUUGAUCCUAUGCUCAAUGUUAUGAAGGUAGAAAAAGCUCCUCUUGAAUGUUAUGCUGAUAUUGGUGGUCUCGAAUAAUAAAUUUAAGAAGUUAAAGAAGCAGUUGAAUUACCUUUAACUCAUCCUGAAAUCUAUGAAGAUAUGGGUAUAAAACCACCUAAAGGUGUCAUUAUGUAUGGUCCUCCAGGUACAGGUAAAACUUUACUAGCUAAGGCUGUUGCUAAUGAAACAAGUGCCACUUUCUUGAGAAUUGUUGGUUCUGAACUUAUUCAAAAGUAUGCUGGUGAAGGUCCUAAGCUCGUUAGAGAACUCUUCAGAGUCGCUGAAGAGCACGCCCCUUCUAUAGUUUUCAUUGAUGAAAUUGAUGCAGUAGGUUCUAAGAGAUACAAUACUAGCAGUGGUGGUGAAAAGGAAAUUUAAAGAACAAUGUUAGAACUUUUGAACUAACUUGAUGGUUUUGAUAGUAGAACUGAUGUUAAAGUUAUUCUUGCAACAAAUAAAAUUGAAUCACUUGAUCCUGCCUUAAUUAGACCUGGUAGAAUUGAUAGAAAGAUUGAAUUCCCAGUACCUGACAUGAAAACUAAGAAGAAAAUUUUUGAAAUCCAUACUUCUAAGAUGGCUCUUGGUGAAGAGGUCAACUUUGAUACUUUUGUUCACGUUAAAGACGAUUUAAGUGGUGCUGAUAUUAAAGCUAUGUGCACCGAAGCAGGUCUCUUAGCUUUGAGAGAGAGACGUAUGAAAGUAACCCUUGAUGAUUUUACCAAAGCCAAGGAUAAAGUUCUUUACUUAAAGAAAGGUGAUACACCUGAUGGCUUAUAUAUUUGA